AUGCUCGGCAUUGCUGGAGUGUCGCAGCUGGUCUCGCCCUUCGCCGGGUAUCUAUCAGACCAUAGCACAAACUCGAUGGGCAGGCGCAUGCCCUUCGUGCUGGCCGGGAACGGGGUUCUCUUCUGCAUGGUAGGAUGCCUGUACCUCGCAAGGAGCAUGGGCUGGGGCCUCGUCUACUUGUUCCUUCUCUUGAUCGCUAUCCUCGCCCUCAACGUCGCCUACACAGGCUUCACCGGCCUUGUCUCUGACAUGAUCCCUGCCGAUCAGAUGAGCGUGUGCUCAGGUAUCAUGGGAGGAUGCACAGCCAUGGGCGCUGUGGUUGGCUUGAUCUGCAUCGGCUUCCUCCUGCCAGUGGAGCAUGCUUACUUCCUGUACGCUGUAACCCUCGCGAUCUGCACCCCUCUCACAUGGUACGCGGCCAAUGAGAGGAGGCAUGACUGCGCAAGCUCUGAGAUCGACUGGAAGAAAGUCCGCUCGGCCUACUUGAUUUCUCCGUCUUCGCACGGAGAUUUCUUCUGGGUGUUCAUUUCACGAAUGUUCUACUACAUGGCAGUUUCAGUGCAAAUCUACAUCCUGUACUAUUUGCGCGAUGUCAUGACAGAGCAGAUUGUUGUCGACAACGCAAAGUCUUGCACUGCGAUCCUCUGCAUAGUCUCACAAGGAUCGUCAGGGUUGGUCAGUCUUGUUGCCGGAACUCUUGCAGAUCGAACUGGACGAAAGCCAGCCAUCUAUACAGCAGUGACGGUGAUGGCACUAGUUUACAUCGGCUACUGCUUUGUGGACACGUACAGCAUGGUCAUCCUGCUUGGCAUCUGCUAUGGGGCUGGGAACGGCAUCUACAUCUCAGUGGACUACGCCCUAGCCGUUGAGUGCCUCCCCUCGCAGUCCGACGGCGCCAAGGAUCUCGCCUUGUGGGGCGUUGCUGCCUUCCUUGGAACGAUGUUCGGCCCCUGUGUAGCUGGACCUCUGCUAGCAUGGCUGGGGUAUCAGCCAGGAUCAGAGCACUAUGCCUUUAUAGGCUACGUGGGAAUCAUGAUGUGUGGAGUCCUCUACUGCAUCGGCUGCGGUUCAGCUCUUCUCUUCGUGUCCAAGGGAAAUGCCCCGAGGUUGAGCCGCCAGUCCCGAUGA